AAUCUUUACUUAGCACAAGAAAAACAAAUCAAGAAGCAAGAAAACAUAUCAGUGUCCAAUCUUCUCUCUCUGUCUCUCUCUCUCUAGGAUGGGUAGGUCACCAUGUUGUGAGAAGGUGGGGUUGAAGAAAGGGCCAUGGACACCUGAAGAAGACCACAAGCUGUUGGCUUACAUUGAGCAAUAUGGCCAUGGAAGCUGGCAUGCUCUCCCCGCAAAAGCAGGCCUCAAAAGAUGUGGAAAGAGUUGCAGAUUGAGGUGGACGAAUUAUUUGAGACCGGAUAUCAAGAGAGGCAAGUUCAGUUUGCAGGAGGAACAAACCAUCAUCCAACUCCACGCUCUUCUCGGAAACAGAUGGUCAGUCAUAGCAACUCACUUGUCGAAGAGAAUCGAUAAUGAAAUCAAGAACCAUUGGAACACACACCUCAGAAAGAGGUUAACCAAGAUGGGAAUCGAUCCAAUGACUCAUAAGCCGAAGAGCCACGCCCUCAGUCCCAGCCAGUUGAAGGACGUGGCCAACGUUAACCACAUGGUGCAGUGGGAGGGCGCCCGGCUUGAAGCCGAAGCCAGACUCGUUCGGGAGUCCAAGCUACAAGUUUCCAACCCUUUCCAAACACAACUCGGCUCCUCAGCUUCAGCUCAGAUUGUUUAUGAAGCGACAAUGACUACUACAGCACCGUUGCCACCUCCGCCACUUCAACCACUAUGUCUGGAUGUACUAACAGCUUGGCAAGGCUCAUGGCCAAAUGCAUCAAAAUGUAAUGCGUUUUCGGCCGCUAGUGUUACUCUCGACUCCCUCGCAUCAACGUUUAACUUCUCGAGAAAAGGUGAAGCCAUGGGACUAUCAAGUAAUUUUCCAGAUGAGAAUGAAAUAUUGCAGCUUCAGGGAUUGGCAUAUUCCGCAGAUAUUGAUGGCUCUUUGGCUACAGGAAAUGAAAACAUAUUGCUUCCAAAUUUCAUGGAAGCAGGGCUUGCUGAAAUAUUGCUUGACAACUCUACUCAACUAUACCCGUCCAUCACCGGGGGAAACUACGGUAACGUCGCUGGAAGUUGCUACGGUGAUUUUGAAGUUGAAGAGAACAAGAAUUACUGGAACAACAUUUUGAAUCUUGUUAAUUGCUGGCCAUCGGGUUCGCCAUUGUUUUAAAACGAGACGGAGUUCUGUGUUUGGAAUCUGGCCUCUUUUUCCAGCCCGAUAACAUAUGGUAGAGAAGUGAUUAAUUUGAGACAGAUUGGUAGGGUUAUGGGACAGAAGAUCCCUUUUUCGUUUUUUUAGUGGUACAAGCUAUUAGAAUAAAUAAUUUGUAAUGAAUAAAUAUGUGGUUGAAUAAUCUGCCC